GAUUCUCAUUAAAACUAAGCAAAGAUAAGUGCUGCGACUGAUAAGUGUAGUGAUGGGAAGUAGGUACUUGUACUAUAUGGAUAAGUUAUAUUCUGCCGUUUGAAUUGAACGCUUUACAACUUAUACAUACGAUUUUUAUAACAGUUAUUGUUAGUAUUGUGUACUUGCUAACUUUUCGGAGCUAUGGAACUUUAAAAUAUUAAAGUAUUUAAACUCUCAUUUGUUGCACAAAAACCUCUCAGUCUUACAGAUUUACUUAAUGUUUUGCAAAUAUUUAAAAUAAUUUAUUAAAAAUUAGGCUUCCAAGCCACUCAUCACAUUUUAAAGAACAAUAACUGACAUUGUAAUUUUUCUAAUACCGGAUAUGAAAAAUAUGGUACUUCCUACAUACAUAUCUAUAAAAAGCAAUUCAGUCCCUUCCCAUCACUGCCGAUUAGCUGUAUCGUAUCUCCAUGGGCUGGUCAAGGCCCUGAUUUGCUCCAGUUACCCACAAAUUGCCAAAGUCCAAGCCGGCGGGCAAAAGAGCAGCCCGCAGAAGCCAUUGUCAUUCACUUGCCAGUGUAAACAGAAAGAUAUGAAUGUGGGAUAUUGAAUGAUGUGCUUAGGGCGGAUAGGAGCUCCUCCAUUGCAUUUCACACAUUAUCGUCAAUUCUGCGACAGCUUGUUUUAUUUAUAUUUGUAGCGAGUGCUUUGGCAUUUGUUUGGUUCCCCCGUGGUUAUCUUAUCGGGAGUGUCGGAGUGGCUGGGACUGUGGAACAAUUGGAAUAGCGAUAAGCGCCCACAGAAUUCCAACCGCUCGCCCCAGCCAGUCAGUUGAAAUCGGAGCUGCCUGCGAAUUAUCCACUAUCCAUGACCGACCGGCAAUCGGGCCACUGAUACUGCGUCAUCCAAAUCGCAGAAUAAAGGAAGAUUAGCCCAGGAAAGGCCAUCAUAAUCAAAAGAAGCCCAAGAAGUGAGUUGUGGUCAACUUGUGUUGCUGCUGCUGUUGCAAUUUCGGUUGCUGUUGCAACUUCUUGGGACAACACUGUGUGACCCAACGGAAAUUGGCCCUUGAAAAGCGGAAGAGGUGGAUGUUUACCACUUUCUUCCACUGACGUCACUUGCCCCCAGGGGAAAAGGAGAAGCGGGCACUCGACUGGUCAGCUGCCUCACCCUUCGGUGGGCACCAGUACGAUAAAGCCCAAGAGCAGCCAAUCGAGAAGAAGCUCAAGUGAAAGGGGUAUAGGGAACGGGACCAGCCGAUAAGCGAUCCCAGCAUCAUGCAGACGACGACAAGUCAGCGGCCAGUAACGCCUGGCACGCCAGACUCGGCACACAUCGUAAUCGGCGCCGCGGGAUUCGUGGCCCACGAGAGACGCCAGCAGGGAAAGACUCUGAUGAAUUGCUUUCGCGACCGCUCCACGACCUCGUCGUCAUCGUCAUCGUCGCAGGGCCCACACGCCUAUAUGCGCGGCCACAGCGUCACCUCGGGAACUCUGUUCCGCCUGGAGGGCAAUGGUGGCUCCAAUUGCAAUCUGGACAAGGCGGACAAGCAGGAUACAGGGCGACCCGAGGCGGUUGUCCUCCUAAGGGAGCUGAAGACCAAACCCAACAAACUGGCGCUGCUCAAGAGCAGCAGCACCAGGGAUUUAACCCGCCUGUUCCAGGAUGAUUCCAACAACACAGUGGUGGUGGUGUCGAAUACCAGCCUGGAUGUCUGCUCCUCAAACUCCAGUUCGGCUGGGAGUCCGGCGGUGGGCAGGUCCAAAGGCAGGGAACGCCAGAGCGGCAUUGAGUGCUGCAGCGCCUGUUCCAAGCGCUGGCGUGACCUCAAGCAGCGGAUGCACACACUGGAGCAGGAUCUGCUGGUCCAGACGACCUACAGCCAGGAGUUGGAGCAGAAGGUGGGCGAAAUGAGUCGCCAGUUGGGCGAACUACUUCAGGAACGAGACAGGGAGAAGGAAAAACAACGCUCCGCAGGAUCAGGGGCAUUCGGCAAGCGAUUUCCACCGGUCCAUUCCACAGGCAGUCCCAAUGUAAGGCCCUCACGACUGGUGGCUUGGAUGAAUCUGUCCAACUGGUUCAAAAGUCGGCCCAGUGUGGAGACCCUGCGGGAACAGCGCAUUUUCUUUGACGAGCCCUGCUUCGAUACGGAACUGGAGAUGGUUCUGAAGCACGACCAGCACCGCAAUGUGCCCCGGAUCGUGGUGGAUUGCUGCGAUCUCAUCGAGCAGAAGUACCGCAGAUCCACGCAACCCAUCGAGGGCAUCUACCGGCAGUGCGGCGACUACAAUAAGAUCCAAACGCUGCGAUUCAGUAUCGAUGCGAAUGACUAUGAUGCACUGCGUCAGCCGGACGUGGAUAUACACACGCUGACCGGGGUGCUGAAGCUCUUCCUGCGCGAAAUCAAGAGUCCGCUGGUUAGUGUCAACGAGGCCAAGACCUUCAUUGGACCGCCCAAUCAGUGGUUGCUCACUGAUCUUUCCGCCAAGCUGGACACUCUGAAAAGACUGAUACGCUCGGUGCCGGAGAUCAACCGCGACACCAUGGACUAUAUCUUUGGGCACUUCAACAGAUUAACCAAGGUGCCGCUGCAGCAGAUCAGCGCCGAAACGCUGUCCAUAUCGGUGACGCCCUCCAUCUUCCACACGGUGCCUCAGGGCGUCCACAUGCAGGACAUCCAGCAACUGCUCCGCGAGGGCGAAACUCUGGCCGACUGCGUCAAGCUGAUGAUCGAGUACCAGGGUCGCAUAUUCGAGUAAGUGAGCCCCGUAGAGGAGGAGGAGCCCCUGGUAUCCCUGGUGAAGGUGCAUUGGUUUCCGGCCGCCUGCUACUGUUCCCCCAACCCGAAUCCCAGCUGCUUACGCCUCAUCCAAACCCCUGUGCUCAUCCCUGUGCCGUUGUCUCGAAAGCUUUGCUAACCACACGAAAUCCUGAACCCGAAUCCGAACCUGAACCUGAACCCACUGUACCUGCAACUCCAAUCCCCAACCCAACAAUCCCGUCGUCUACAGAUGCACCGCCGAUCGCCGCCGCCUGAGCAUGCGCAACCUGAAGAAGACUCUGUCGCAGCCGGACCUGCUCUUCCACAAUCUAUUCUGAUCUGACCCGAUGACAUGGAUCCAUGGAUCCAGGGAUCCUUUGAUCCCUCAUGCCAGAGAGAGCACUGUACAUAUUGAAUGACUUUAGGCGCUUAAGUUUACUAACCCACAUACAGGCAUAUUAACAUCUAUGUCCUAAUGUUUUAUAUGAAUUUUUUUAAUAUGUUUACUUUAUAAACUAACUUUUGUACUUAUGUUUAAUAAACUAAAAGGUUUCACCA